GAAAUAUUGAGAGCUUUAUUUUUUAAAUAAUAAACAACAACAACGAAAAGUAGAAGCUAUGAUUGGUGGAGUGAAACAGGAGAGAUGCGAUGAAUGGACGUCUUUUUACAUGAACCAGGCUUUUCGUGGAGCAGACAGUAUGCGAUUAGGCGGUGGGCCAUAUUCUUCUCCAGAGCAUCCCUAUCAUGUCUUCAGUCUCCCAAGAGAAUCAAUGGCUAGAGAAGACACAGAAAGGAUUGAGACUCCACCAGUUGUACUGGCCCAACAGAGAUGUCCUGAAACAGACCAUAAUAGACUGGAGCUUCCUGACCUGAAAUCAGUGUACCGGAGAAGCUUCAACCACACCAAACCUCCAUAUUCCUACAUCUCACUGAUUUACAUGGCUAUCCAGCAAUCACCAUCCAAGAUGCUCACCCUAAAUGAGAUCUAUGACUGGAUCCGCCAGCUCUUCCCUUAUUACCGCCAAAAUCAACAACGCUGGCAAAACUCCAUACGCCACUCCCUUUCAUUCAAUGACUGUUUUGUGCGUGUCCCGAGGUCCCCGGAUUCUCCAGGGAAAGGAUCCUUCUGGGCCCUGCACCCUGACUCUGGCAACAUGUUUGAAAAUGGUUGCUACAUGCGCAGACAAAAGCGUUUCCGGUGCCAGAGUGCGACAUCCCCAUCCACAACUAAAAAUGGUUCAAAGAAGGCAGACAGAGAAGUAGCAAAGGAGGAAGGCAAGAAAAAGUCAUCAGAGGUUAAAUUGACAGCUGUAUCAUCUAUCUCCCCACCUCAGCCUUCUAAACUUCCUAUGCCAACAGUGUUACCAUCAGUCAUGGAGUGUGCUCCCAUGUCACCUUCACAUCUCAAACCUCAGCAGCAUACCCCACACUCACUGACUCCAUUUCAUCCAUCCUCAGAACCUUCUGCACCACUUGCAAAUAUACCUUGCCCCACCAUGUCAACACUUCAGUCAAGUGAUUCCUGCCCUUUGGAGCCUUGUGUUCAUGGUGAACCCUUCUUCCACCAGCCUCUUUCUGUGCCACCAAUUAUGGACUUUCAGUGCUAUGAGCCUCCUGUGAGUUACCCUCUUUAUUACCCAUCCUCAAGCUCCAACAUUCAUCAGCAUAAUCCUUAUUUCACAGGUAAAGAGGAAUCAACAUAUGCAGGAGAGUCAAUGUGCUACUCUGGACUAAGCAUGUGCCCAAUGCCAGUUUUAAGCUCCUCCUGAAGCACUAGUUUUUGAUCUACUAAAGUGCCACUUUGUGUUUUGACCUUUUAAAAUACUGUAUAUAAAUUAAAAAUUUAGAUAAUAAACCUGCCCUCAAAUACAUAAAUGUUUGUCAUAGUCAUAUUUUGCAGGACUCAUGAGUCUGU